AUGGGUACACAGUUCCCCUUUAGGAACUCCCAUUCUCCUCAGGAGAGCCAGAGCAGCAGUGGCUACUCCCCGGCAACAACGCCCUAUAGGCAAAGCGGCCUUGAAGAGACUGACCAGGAGCUGUCGCUGUUGCGCGGUCAACCCAGCCCGCAACCCAGUCCCUUUGGCGCUCCCUUCGAUAACAAUUAUUCCACCGACUCGCUUCGUCGAUACACUCUGCAUGACCCUGGUGUGACCGUGUUCCCCAAUGUGCCGCCCUACGAGAGUCAGCCAGACUACGUGACCAGUCCCUACGGCACUCCGGCGUCGGAAGGGGGGACGACUUCAUCCGAUGCGUGGAAGCGAAGACAAGGUCCAGGAACGGGACUUUCGCGUCGCUAUGGUACAAGAAAAAUUAAGCUGGUGCAGGGCUCCGUUCUGAGUGUCGACUAUCCCGUUCCGAGCGCCAUCCAAAAUGCUAUCCAACCGGAGUACCGGGAGUCGGAGGAGGCUUUCACAGAAGAAUUCACCCACAUGCGAUACACCGCGGCCACUUGCGAUCCUGACGAAUUCACCCUGCGGAAUGGAUACAACUUACGCCCGGCCAUGUACAACCGACACACGGAACUUCUGAUUGCCAUCACCUAUUAUAACGAAGAUAAAGUCUUGACGGCACGAACCCUGCAUGGUGUCAUGCAAAAUGUCCGCGAUAUCGUCAACCUGAAGAAGUCGGAAUUCUGGAACAAGGGAGGCCCUGCGUGGCAGAAGAUUGUGGUCAGCUUGGUUUUUGAUGGAAUCGACCCUUGCGACAAAAACACAUUGGAUGUCCUGGCGACGAUCGGUAUCUAUCAGGAUGGAGUGAUGAAGCGAGAUGUUGACGGCCGAGAAACCGUCGCUCACAUUUUCGAGUACACCACCCAACUUUCCGUUACCUCCAACCAGCAAUUGGUCCGACCGCACAGAGAUGAUCCCAACACGUUGCCCCCGGUCCAGAUGCUUUUCUGUCUCAAACAGAAGAACAGCAAAAAGAUCAACUCCCACCGAUGGCUGUUCAACGGCUUCAGUCGAAUCCUCAAUCCGGAGGUUGUGAUUUUGAUCGACGCAGGAACAAAGCCAGGUCGCAAAUCGCUGCUGGCACUGUGGGAAGCCUUCUACAACGACCGCAACCUCGGAGGCGCUUGUGGAGAAAUCCAUGCCAUGUUGGGUGAAGGAUGGCGCAACUUGCUGAACCCACUUGUUGCUGCGCAAAAUUUUGAAUAUAAGAUCUCCAAUAUUCUGGAUAAACCUUUGGAAAGUGCUUUUGGAUAUGUCAGUGUGUUGCCGGGUGCAUUCUCAGCGUACCGGUACCGUGCGAUCAUGGGCCGCCCGCUGGAACAGUACUUCCAUGGUGACCAUACACUUUCCAGGAAGCUCGGCAAGAAGGGUAUUGAAGGAAUGAAUAUCUUUAAGAAGAACAUGUUCUUGGCUGAGGAUCGUAUUCUUUGCUUUGAACUGGUGGCCAAGGCUGGGUUCAAAUGGCAUCUUUCCUAUGUGAAGGCAUCCAAAGGUGAAACCGAUGUGCCUGAAGGAACAGCCGAGUUUAUCAGUCAACGGCGAAGAUGGCUGAACGGAUCUUUCGCUGCCGGUCUGUACGCCAUGAUGCAUUUCGGGCGUAUCUACCAAAGUAGCCACAACUUCCUUCGGAUGUUCUUCUUGCACAUUCAGAUGCUUUACAACUUCGCGCAGUUGAUCAUGACUUGGUUCUCCCUUGCGUCCUACUGGCUUACCAGUUCCGUCAUUAUCGACCUGGUGGGAACGCCUAGUUCGACCAACAAGUACAAGGGAUGGCCGUUCGGUAAUGAGGCGACCCCAAUUGUGAACAACAUUCUCAAAUAUGGUUAUCUAUUCUGUCUCAUGCUUCAGUUUAUUCUGGCUCUUGGAAACCGACCCAAGGGUGCGCGACUCCCGUAUACGCUGUCGUUCCUGUACUUCUCGCUGGUUCAGUUCUACGUCCUCAUCUGCUCGUUCUACCUGGUCGCAAAUGCUUUCAGUGGUGGCACGUUGGAUUUCAACAUGUCAGAUGGCGUGGGUGCAUUCCUGUCAUCGUUCUUCAGUUCUCAAGGUCCGGGUAUUGUGUUGAUUGCAUUGGUGUCAACGUACGGUAUUUACGUGGUGUCUAGUCUGCUGUACAUGGACCCGUGGCACAUCUUGACCAGUUCGUGGGCGUACUUCUUCGGAAUGACGACUUCGAUCAACAUCCUGAUGGUAUAUGCGUUCUGUAACUGGCACGACGUCUCGUGGGGUACCAAGGGAUCAGACAAGGCAGAUGCGCUACCCUCGGCACAAACACAAAAGGACGGGUUGAAAUCGAAUUUCAUUGAAGAACUGGAUAAACCGCAGGCGGACAUUGAUAGCCAGUUCGAAUCUACGGUGAAGCGUGCGCUGGCGCCGUUUGAAGAGCCUGAGGAGGAGUACGAGAAGUCCAUGGAUGAUUCGUACCGGAACUUCCGAACCAACUUGCUCUUGCUGUGGAUCUUCAGUAAUCUGAUUUUGUCGUUGCUGAUUACGGCAGAGAGCAUCUCUCGGAUGUGUCUGACGAAUACCUCCACGACGCGGACAUCGUGGUUCUUCCAGAUCAUUCUGUGGUCCACGGCAGCACUGUGCUUCUUCCGCUUCUUCGGAUCCUUGUGGUUCCUAGGCCGGUCGGGCAUUCUCUGUUGCGUGAACAGACGUUAA